AGGGUUGAUUGAGGUGAAUACUUGGAGUGCAAACGGAGAUGAAGAAGGGUAAUUAUUCCUCUGCUAAAAGAAGACGCCCAUGGACUCCUGAAGAAGAUUUGCAGCUCAAGAAAUGUGUCGAGAAGCAUGGCCAAUGCUGCUGGCAUCUUGUUCCUUCCAGGGCAGGCAUAGAGAGGUGCCGAAAGAGUUGUAGACUGAGAUGGUUGAACUAUUUGUGUCCGAACAUCAAGCGAGGGGAAUUCACUGACGACGAAGAUGACCUUAUCUUCAGGCUUCAUAAGCUCUUAGGCAACAGAUGGUCUUUGAUUGCUGGAAGACUCCCAGGUAGGACAGCCAACGACAUAAAGAAUCACUGGAACUGCCAUUUGGUGAAAAAAAUUGUUGUUUCUAAUGUAGUAAAUAAAAAUGAAAUCCAUAAUGAGAAGGUUCAUCAAGUCAUAAAGCCAAAACCUUGGCUUCCGCCCAAGAAUAUACAGUGUCAUCCAGAGAAUGAAGUGGGCAUGUUAUUGAUGACACCUCCAAGGUUUACAGACAAGCCUGUGAGGCGUUGGGACAGUUUGAUUAGCAACGAAGAGGAAGCAGAUAACAUAGUUGUCCCUGGAGACACAGAAGAGGUGGUGGUGAAGCAGCAACCCCUAAUUGGCAAUAGCUCUUGGUUUGAUGGUAUGGAGCUUCUUGAUCAGUUACCUGCUGAGGGUAAUGCCUUUAUGGCAGAAGGCUGUGAUUGGGAGGUCCUCACUACCCAUGACAACUUUCAUCGCAGUGAUUGGUUCCAUACGCUAUAA